AUGCUAGGCCGUAUUCACCUAGUCCGCCAUGCGGAAGGUCUGCACAAUUUGCGCAACGACCCCACAAUCCCAGACGCUUCUUUGAGUGAACGAGGUUAUGAUUUUGCGGAAGAUCUAGGACAUCGCUUUAUCCGCGAGUACUCAAACUGUGUCGGCGCAAUCAUAUCCAGCCCGCUCCGCCGAACUAUCCAAACAUCCUUGACAGCAUUCCCCCGGAUCUUGGACUCCACCCAGUAUGCUAAAAAUUCCGGCGUGGGUGCUAAUAAAGGAGUGAUGUUAGCCCUAGAUGCCAAUCUGCAGGAAAUUACCGAUCUGCCAUGUAAUACGGGCUCCAAAGUGGUCGAUCUAACAGAGCAAUUCCCCGGACUCAAGUCAGAAAUAGAAAAUCUGAACAAGAACUGGCAUAAAAAGGCAGGGCCUGACUCGCCCCUACCACAGCCUCUGUCUAAGAGAAGAACUGAGAUUCUCAACCGACUACAAAGUACCCUGACGGAUUUGAAAAAUAAAUCAAUGGGCAAGGACAUUAUUGUUGUAACCCAUCAAGGGGUAAUUGCUCUACUUGCACCCACUGCAAAUAUUCCUGUAGGGCAGUGGCAGACCUUUCACUUGGUCGCAGAAAAUGGGGAGCUUUUUUUGAAGUGA